CGUGCUGGCAUCUGUGCGUGUCAAGAUAUGUGUGAGCCUGUGGGUUGUGGGUGCGUGUCUCCAUCACUUCCCGGUGUGAAUGUGUGUGCAUCUCUGUGAUGCUGGGUGUGGGUGUGGUGUGAAGGAGAAGAUGUGUGUCAUUGUGUCCAUGGAGGUCCUGCCUCUGAGCCACCUCCAGCCCACCCUCCUCCCCGAGAUCUGUGGCUCCCUCCCAGGCAGUGUCCCUGCCCCUCCUCUCUUCUCCCUCCCAACUGGAGGGAGGGUGAGGGGGGAGCUGGUGCUGCCACCUCCCCUCCCCAUCCCUGCCCCAUAAAUAGCAGCAGAGCCAGAGCCGGAGCUGGCGCCAGCGGCUGGAGAAGAAAAGGAGUCAAGGCUGGGGCCAGAGCCGGAGAGAGGAACCCCCCAACUAGAGCCCAGUGACAUGUCGGACCCUGAGAUGGGAUGGGUGCCUGAGCCCCCAGCCAUGACACUGGGGGCCUCGCGGGUGGAGCUUCGGGUAUCCUGCCAUGGCCUCUUGGACCGAGACACACUCACCAAGCCCCACCCCUGCGUGCUGCUCAAGCUCUACUCUGAUGAGCAGUGGGUGGAGGUGGAGCGCACAGAGGUGCUGCGCUCCUGCUCCAGCCCCGUCUUCUCCCGGGUGCUGGCCCUUGAGUACUUUUUUGAAGAAAAGCAGCCCCUGCAGUUCCAUGUGUUUGAUGCCGAGGACGGAGCCACCAGCCCCAGCAGUGACACCUUCCUUGGCUCUACAGAGUGCACCUUGGGCCAGAUUGUGUCACAAACCAAGGUCACUAAGCCAUUGCUGCUGAAGAACGGGAAGACUGCGGGCAAGUCCACCAUCACGAUUGUCGCUGAGGAGGUGUCUGGCACCAACGACUAUGUGCAGCUCACCUUCAGAGCCCACAAGCUGGACAACAAGGAUCUGUUCAGCAAAUCUGACCCUUUCAUAGAGAUCUAUAAGACCAACGAGGACCAGAGUGAGCAGCUGGUCUGGAGGACCGAGGUGGUGAAGAACAACCUGAACCCCACCUGGGAGCCAUUCCGCCUGUCCCUGCACUCCCUAUGCAGCUGUGACAUCCACCGGCCUCUCAAGUUCCUGGUGUAUGACUAUGACUCAAGUGGGAAACAUGACUUCAUUGGAGAGUUCACCAGCACCUUCCAGGAGAUGCAGGAAGGAACAGCAAAUCCUGGACAAGAGAUGCAGUGGGACUGCAUCAACCCCAAGUAUCGGGACAAGAAGAAGAACUACAAGAGCUCGGGGACCGUAGUUCUGGCCCAGUGCACGGUGGAAAAGGUACACACAUUUCUGGAUUACAUCAUGGGCGGCUGCCAGAUCAGCUUCACGGUGGCCAUUGACUUCACAGCCUCCAAUGGGGACCCGAGGAGCAGCCAGUCCCUACACUGCCUCAGCCCUCGCCAGCCCAAUCACUACUUGCAGGCCCUGCGUGCAGUGGGAGGCAUCUGUCAAGACUAUGACAGUGAUAAGCGGUUCCCAGCGUUUGGCUUUGGGGCUCGAAUCCCUCCCAACUUCGAGGUGUCCCAUGACUUUGCUAUCAACUUUGACCCGGAAAAUCCUGAAUGUGAAGAGAUCUCGGGGGUCAUCACCUCCUACCGCCGUUGCCUGCCCCAGAUCCAGCUCUAUGGCCCCACCAACGUGGCCCCCAUCAUCAAUCGCGUGGCUGAGCCAGCCCAGCGGGAGCAGAGCACCGGCCAAGCCACGAAGUACUCGGUGCUGCUGGUGCUCACAGACGGUGUGGUAAGCGACAUGGCUGAGACCCGCACCGCCAUCGUGCGCGCUUCCCGCCUGCCCAUGUCCAUCAUCAUCGUGGGCGUGGGCAAUGCUGACUUCUCUGAUAUGCGGCUGCUGGAUGGCGACGAGGGUCCCUUGCGCUGCCCUCGAGGGGUGCCCGCGGCCCGCGACAUCGUCCAGUUCGUUCCCUUCCGGGACUUCAAGGAUGCCGCACCUUCUGCGCUGGCUAAGUGUGUCCUGGCUGAGGUGCCUCGGCAGGUGGUGGAGUACUACGCCAGCCAGGGCAUCAGCCCGGGGGCACCCAGGCCCUGCACGCCUGCCACGACUCCCAGCCCUAGCCCAUGACUGCCUCCCACCGGAUGGACACACCCUCAGCCUCUCAGUGCCUGUCCUGACCCUUGUGACUCGAGUGACCAGUGCCUCUCCCUCUUGGAUCAGCUGUGCCCCCUGGGUCCUGGAAGUGAGUGGAGAGCCCUGCCCCAUCUCUCCAGGCCCCAUAGUCCUGUGGCCCCUCACUGACGCUCUUCAGUGAUCCUGACUUUCUGGCCGUUAAUAAAGGGAACCAGUCUUAGCA